AUGUCAGAAGUGUCGCUUCCACCCCCACCGCCACAGUCGAGCAUAUUUGUCGACGAGAUUCGGAAAAGAUCCGCUAGUGAAACGUUGCCGGAGAGAUCACGAGUACGUUUUGACUCCGAACCUGAAGUCCUACCUCCACUGUGUAUCCCUCAAGAGCCACCGCCAACGCGUAACCCGAUAGAGUGA